UCAGUCGUUACCAACAAGUCAACAACUACCAUCUAAACCUGCCAACAUGAUCGCAUUCAGAGCAGCAACCAUCCUUAUAAUCGCCGCAGUCGCGAGCGCGCGGCCGUCGGAUGAAUGGGAGCCGGAGGGUCACUCGCACACGGAGCACACGAAGCCCUACCACGUAACGGUGGUGAAGAAGAUUGGCGUGCCCAUCCCCCACCCCGUGGCCGUGUCCGUGCCGCAGUACGUCAAGAUCCCCAUUCCGCAGCCCUACCCCGUGCAUGUGACUGUAGAGCAGCCGAUACAUGUCCCCGUAUACAAGGUUGUGCCUCAAGUGGUAGAGAAGCCGGUGCCAUACACCGUGGAGAAGCCCGUGCCCUAUGAAGUGGAGAAGCCCUACCCAGUGGAGGUGGAGAAGAAGGUGGAGGUGCCCAUCCCCAAGCCGUACCCGGUACACGUGCCCGUCUACAAACACAUCUACCACCACAAGGGCGGCAAGCACUAGGCGAUCAUAGCUUACCCUGUAGGCCUCCGCCGCCCCGCCCUGCGCCUAGCGCCCAGCAUAAUCUUGUACAUAAAAAUGUGUAGUAUAACUCGGGUGAAAGUGUUUCGACCUGUCUGUUAUUGUGAUAUUUAUUGUGUGUUAUACCAAUUUGUUUU